GCCAGGCAAGAAGCAGUCUACCGAUCAAAACUGAUUGAAUACAGUUGUAUAAACUAUAAAAAUAUAGGUGGCAUAUGUGUAUCUAUUUGAAGAUCGUUAGAUUAUUCUUCAUCUACUCUUGUCUCACUAGGUGUUAAAAUAAGAAUUAAGUAUUUCGACAAGUCGGCUUUUUGCGACAUCGGACACGGGAAGCGGCACCACCAACCGUCCUCAUAAAGCGCCAUCAUGUCUCAGUCACCACCAGACCUCAAGCUCCCCCAACGAAUGAUCCGGGGGCACCACAAGAACUUCAUCGCUGCUCCUAGUUAUGAAUCGUCCACGUCGGUAUUCGGGCAUGCGUCCCCGAAGCCGCAGUACCUCGAGUCCGAUCUGGGGACCACAGCUCUCUACGACGUCCCCCCUCCUUCGGGCCAAUCGAAACGCCACGUAUUAAUCAUCCACGGACUGAACACGCCUGCUAUUGGAAUGUUGCCUCUGGCGAAGGAACUGCAGGCUUUGGACCCGGAUGCCUAUGUAGUCCUCUUCGAUCUUUGGGGUCAUGGUUUCUCCUCCACGCCUCUGGUGGCGCACACGCCGCAGAUCUUCCACUUUCAGAUCUUCCAAGUAUUGGGAUUUCUACAGUGGACACGUGCGCAUAUCAUUGGCUAUUCCUUUGGCGCGUCGACAGCGGUGAGAUUUGCUCUUCACAAUCCCUGGGCUGUGCUGUCCGUGGCGUUAUUAGCGCCCGCUGGCUUGUGCGACAAGGAGCUCUGGGGUGAGAAGAUGCAAGAACUCUUGGAAAACUCGGAAGGCGGAGACGCUCAGGCGAUAGAUGCUGUACUAGAUUGGCUUGAAGGUGGUCCGCUUAUUGUUCCGACGGAUUGGCGAGAACGAGUCGAGGCUGGUGAGGUCGUCGCCGAAGUACUUCGAGAAUGGGAGCUGCAGCAUCAUUCUGGAUAUCCCCAUAGCGUCCUAAGCAUGUUUCGAGAAGGCGGGGUUACUGGCUGUGUGGAGGACUUUCGGAAAUUCGCACAAUUACCAGUAAAAAAGAUCGGAAUCGUUGCUGAGUUGGAUGCUGUUUGUAGCAAGGCCCAGCUAACUGAUGUUGGGUUUACCGACGUUGAAGUCGUAGAAAAGGCAAAUCAUGGGUUUGUACGUGGUACUACAACAAGUGAGAUUGCCCGGAUCGUGUACAGGUUUUGGACCCAGUAAAGCUACCUACCUUGGCUGCUUGGUAGGCAACAAACGAGACGGCACUGCCGAUUGAGUUAUUCACUAAUGCCACUCAAAAACAAUAAACUAAGUAGAAUAUAGCCGCUUCGAUUUGAUGCUCAAGUACACUAUGUGGCGAGUCAAUGUUGAGCAACUGCAGGUAGCUGACCUUUUACUUUUCCCAGCCGCCUUUUACCGUAGCCGAAGCUCCCAUCGCGAAUCACUUCCACUCGUCCAAGAAUCCCUUUCGAAACGCUACAUGACACAGUCAGCCAUUUUACGACUGUUGAUCAACAUCUUCAACUCUUCAUUGUACUGACCUCCAGGAAUCAACGCCGCAGCGAACAUAGCCAAAUACGUCGGCCCC